AUGGACCCGUCCGCCAGCUUCAAGGUCCUGGCUCUAGGCUUCACCUUGCUCCUCAUUCCGUCUUGGGAAUGGCUCUCGAAAACUUCUGACGCCGUCCCAGAACCGUACCUGGAUGAGGUCUUCCAUGUUGGCCAAGCACAGGUCUACUGUAGUGGGAAUUUCGCCCACUGGGAUCCCAAGAUCACCACCCCUCCCGGGCUCUACCUUCUCUCAUAUCUCGUAUUUCGCAUCACUGGUCGCUGCGACAUCUACGUCCUUCGCGCGCUGAAUUGCUCUUUUGCCCUCUUCAUUGCUCAAGUCUCCUUCUCCAUUCUCGCUCGGCUCUAUGGUCUUCUCAAGCAGAGGAGCACUGCCGAAAUCACUGCCCCAUCCGACAGAAAGAAAGCUGUUCUUUUCACCAAUGCGGUGCACACGGCUCUCAACAUUUGUCUCUUCCCGCCAUUGUUCUUCUUCUUCGGACUCUAUUACACCGAUGUUCCGUCAACAUUCUUCGUGCUGCUGAGCUACUUCUUCGCGCUCCGAACCCAGCAAGAGCGCGGCAAAUUCAUGAAAUUCCCAUCAGUAGUCAAUACUGUCGUCCUCGGUGCCGCAGCGCUGUUCUUCAGGCAAACGAACAUCUUCUGGGUUGCCGUUUUCCCGGCCGGCCUGGCCCUCGUGCAGGCACUCAAGAAGUCCGCACGCCCCACGCCCGAGGACGCCAAGGAGGACACGGUUGGCGACGUGCUCAAGAACAGUUUGCUGUAUAUGUCUGUAUACGACAGGCCGGUGCGCUACGCGUUCGUCGAGGACUAUCUCAAGAUGGUCAUUUCCCUCGCCGUAGCCGCGAUACGGAAUCCAGUCACAGUCAUCUACUCCAUCGCCCCCUACACGGCCCUCAUCGCCUUGUUCGGCGGUUUCGUAGCCUGGAACGGCGGCGUCGUCCUCGGCGACAAAUCAAACCACAUCGCCACCCUCCACACGCCCCAAAUGCUCUACAUCUGGCCCUACACCCUCUUUUUCUCCUUCCCCAUCCUCCUCCCCUCCAUCCUCUCCACCCUCCUCGCCAUCCUCCCGCCGACCCUCGUCCCGGCCCCGCUCGCCGCGUUCGUCAAGCCCGGCCAGAGGCAGCUCCUGCCCCGCGCAGGCGUCCUGGCGGCGUGGACGGUCGUCGCCUUGGCCGCCGUUCACUUUAACACCAUCGUCCACCCCUUCACCCUCGCCGACAACCGCCACUACGUCUUCUACGUCUUCCGCAUCCUGCGCCUGCACCCGGCGCUGCGGUAUGCGGCGGCGCCGGCGUACGUGCUGGGCGCGUGGGCGUGCGUGCAGGCGCUGGGAUCGGGGUCGCGGUUGGCCGUUGCGGAGAGGAUCAAGGCCGUGCCUGUUGCGCAGGAGGAGGGGGAGGACGCGGAGAGAAAGGCAGAGCAGAAGAGUAAGGAGGAGGAGCUGGACAAGAUGGAGGGCGAGAAGAAAAAGAAGCUGGAUCUACCGGAGGGCGUGAAGAGCGAGGAUCUGGUCGAGGAAGGGUGCCAGGCGAGUUUUGUGUUGGUGUGGUUGGCGACGACGUCGUUGAAUUUGGUGACGGCGCCGUUGGUGGAGCCGCGGUACUUCAUCGUGCCGUGGAUCAUGUGGAGGUUGCAUUUUCCGAUCAACUCGGCCGGGAAGGAUAUGGUGCUCGGGGUUGCGGCGAAGAACAAGGGGGAGAAGGAUGGCGGGAGCAGGGAGGGACAGGACGAGGUGCACAACAAGGCGCUGUGGGUGGAGACGGCAUGGUUCUUGAUCGUGAAUGUGGUGACGGGGUACAUCUUCCUGAACUGGGGGUUCGUGUGGCCGCAGGAGCCCGGGGUGGUGCAGAGGUUCAUGUGGUAG